AUGGCAAGUUUCCUCGACGCUGAAUCCGCGCAAAAGUACAAGAAUGCCGAGAAGGCGACUCGUCCUUACGUCAAAACCAUCGUCCAACAAUCAGGAAUAGCUGCCUAUCUCGAAACAGGAGCUGAAGCCAAUAUACUCGAUUUCGCAUGUGGAACAGGAGUUGUUGCACAGGAAAUCUACGAUACAGUACCAAAAGAGAAGUGGGAACAGCUGAAAGUGCUGGGCACUGACAUCAGUCCUCCGAUGUUGGAACAUUUGAGGGCACGAGGAGAGACGCAGGGAUGGAAGGAACUGGAUACGAAGAUUGUGGAUGGGAAUCCUUACUCGCCCUCGCGUGAGGAACUGCGAGAAAAGUUCUGCGGACUUUGGGCUGACGAGUCAUACUUGGCACAGCAGUUUGAAGCAGUGGGCUUGGGAAGAGUAGGGACCUCUAAUGAGAAGAAAGCUGUGCGCGUUGGGACGCCAGAUGUUUUCGUAGCGACUAUGCAGUUUCCGCUGCAAUACGUAAGGAGUACAUGGUGGCAGGGCGAGCGAGAGGGAAUCCUAGAAGAUUUGAACGGUGCUAUGAGAAGUAUCGUACAGCAGGAGGUUGGAGAGGAUGGGGAAGUGGAACUGGUGUUCGAUGGGAUAGUUGGGUGGGGUUGGAAGAGUGGUUAA